CCUCCUCCUCUGCUGCUGCGGCUCCCGCUGAUACGUUCCAACAUUCAACCCAGGCACUCCCUUCAAUCCCAUCUUUCCGACAACCUUCUUGUCAAUCAUGGGCGUCUCGGGACAUCCCAUCGCCCUCGCGUACUCAUUCGCAACCUGCACUAGCUGCGCCGGCGUCAAGUUCAACUUCUUGAUGUACAUUUUGUUGUAACCAAGGAAUGCCUGGUACGCCUUGACCUUCGCAUUCUCCUCGACUUUCGUGAGCGCCGAGUCGACCGUGGGUUGGUAGUUGGGGAGUUCGGCGACCAUGUCAACGGGGUAGGAUUUGAUGGGGAGACUAGGAUUCACGCGGGGGAAGAAGGCCUCAUUUUCGAAGAGUAGCAUGACGGCCCGGCCAUCGCGGCCUGCGCGCGCAGUGCGACCAACGCGGUGGAUGUAUUGUUCCGUGUUCAUGGGAAGACCAAGUUGCACGACGAGCGAGACAUUGGGGAAGUCCAUGCCACGGCCGACGACGUCCGAGGCGACGAGGAUACCGUUGGUGGCAGCUUUGAAGUCUUCGGUGGUGUGGGUGCGUGCGCUCUGUGACAUGCGGCUGUGGAGUUCGAAGACGCGGAAUGAAGGGAGGGCGACUUUCAACAUGUCGUACAGGAGGCCGACGCCGUUUGCGGUGGUGCCGAAGACGAUAAUUUUGGAGGAGUCGGGGCUGGCGGAGUGUUCUUUGUCAAUAAGGGCGAGGAGGGCGGCGAAGGUUUGCUUGACGUUUGGGACGGUGAUGGCGAAUUGAGGGACACGGUCAAUGGUGGGGGAUUCGUUGGGGUCCAUGGUGGAGAGGGAGGUAUAGCCGGGGUGGAGGAUGCCUUUGACCACAUCGUUGACUUUGUCGGGAAGGGUCGCGGAGAAGCACAUCCCUUGCCAGCCGGCGCUCUUGGGGGGAAGAGUUCUCAGGAUUUUGAAGAUGGCGGGUGCAAAGCCGGCAUCAAGCAUUCGGUCGGCUUCAUCCAGAACGAGGGUCUUGAGGUGAGAGAACUUCUCGCGGACGUCUUCGUCACCCAAGAUGUCGUCGAGACGGCCAGGGGUCGCCACGAGAAUUGUUAGCUGACCUCUAAGGAAGACUUUGAGAUUGGAAUCCCUCUUCGUACCUCCAAAGGCCGUGUGGCACUCCAUCUUAGGAGACAGUUUGGAGGUGAUACCUUCGCAUUCUUUGGCAAUUUGGAGAGCGAGUUCACGCGUGGGGCAAAUGACUAAGAUACCAACCUUACCUUUGGGUGGCGCGUUGCCGGAGAGGAUGCUUUGUAGAGCUGGCAAGAGGAAUGCAGCGGUUUUUCCGGUUCCUGUCUUUGCCUGUACGAGGCAGUCGGCGGAGUUUGACGGAAGCUGGGUCAGAACUGCCUUUUGUACGUCCGUCAUGUACUCGAAACCGAUGUUCUUCAACCCGGCGAGCAAGCCUUUGUCCAAUUUUCCUUCGAGCGAGGCAUAUGGUGUAAGCUCCUGUCCCUCUUUUGGGGUGAGGGUCUUGGCCUGUACGGCGGGCGACUCAGUAGGAGCAUCUGCCUGAUUCUGGGUGCGUGUAGACAUCCUGGCGUUGGAUCCUGCAUGUGAAGUUUCAGGAACUUGGUAGGGAGCGCCCGAGGGUUUGCGGCCCCUCCGGUUGAAUCCUCCGCCUCUGCGUGGCGGCAUGCUUGCUACAGUGAUAUAAGAGUUUGUUUGCUGGACAAAGCAGAACGUGAAAGUGGCCGCAAAGAAAGACGGAGAGACAAUGAAUUCAUUGACUAGAACAAGAGCGACUGCCCAGUGUUU